GUACCCUUCUGUCAGCUUGAUCUGCUGAUUCUUCGACUGUUGGUUGACCAUGAAAAAGGAUCACGAACAACUCUAAUGACUGGGACAAUUGGCUACAUGGCUCCAGAGUGUCAUAGAAAAGGUAAGGCAAGCAAGGAAUCGGAUGUCUACAGCUUUGGAGUUGUGGCACUUGAAAUGGCAUGUGGAAGAAGAUCAAUAGAGCCUAAAUAUGAUGAAAAUGAAGCUUCAUUGGUGGCUUGGGUGUGGGAAGCUUAUGAAAACCAAAGGCUUUUUGAUUUGGUUGACAAGAAACUUUCUAAAGAUUUUGAUUUUAAAGAGAUGGAGUGUUUGUUGAUUGUUGGUUUAUGGUGCGCGCAUCCUAUUGAUACUGUGAGACCAUCAAUAAAGCAAGCAAUGCAAGUGCUUAAUUUUGAUACAGCACUACCAAAUCUUCUAAGUAAGAUAACUAUACCCAUGUAUGAUAUUCCUAAUAUCCCAAUCCUCAAAACAAGGGAGGCCUAUUCAUCCCACUUGAGUAUUACUGUACCUCGCUAAUUUUCAUCUCAUGCCUGGAAUAUUGCUUUGAUAAUAAACAAGUCUACUUAUUCAUCGGAAUUUAAUAUAUUUUAUCUUAUAUAAUGUAUGCUAGUGCAAUUCCAAGACAAUUGUUCUACAUUUUUUCAGUUCUUCUCUAAUAGACCAGCUGAUUAUGC